CCAAAUUAAUUCUUAUUUUAUCCACCCUUCUCUCUCUCCCUAUAUAUUCCAUGUUCAUUCAUACUUGUUUUUCCGCCAUUGUCGAAGCAAAUGAGCUUCAAAGUUUGAGCCUUUAAUCAAUACCAGAAUAACAAUCUUGAAAGGUUUCUAAAAAAUGGCUCAGGGAAAAUAUUCGCGGGUUGAUGGAAAAAAAUCAUCAUGUUCAGUGGCAACAGUUUUGUUAGUUAUUGGUGUUUGUUUGAUUGGUGUAUGGAUGUUUAUGUCAUCACCUGUGUUCCUGGGUCAGACUGUAAACGGGUCGGGUCAAGAGUCCAAGUCAGAAUCCAAAACAAAGGUGUCCACAGUGUCAUCUUCUCAGUUUGAAGAUGAUUCUGGUGAUUUAUCCGAAUCUUCAAGAACUGGUGGUGGAAAUGAUGAAGAACCCGUAUCAAGAAUUGAGGAAUCUAACACGAGAGAAGUUGAAACGAGCAUUGGAGAUGAUGAUGAUUCAAGUGAAAGUGGGAAGUCAAAGUCAGAGGAUGAAACGGGUUCAAGUUCGGAUACUAAUGAGAAAGAAGAAAAGAAGAUAGAAGAUGGUAAAAUGCCCGAAUCUUUCCCAGAUGCUGACCGGGCUGAAAUUCUGAAGGAAACACAAACCGAUAGUGGGGAUUUUUCCACACAAGCGGCUGAGUCAGCGAGCGAUAAAGAACUAAAAAGAUCCGGAAACGGUUACAAAUGGAAGACUUGUAAUGCAAGCACGGGCCCAGAUUUUAUUCCUUGUCUCGAUAAUAUUGCAGCCCUUAGAAAGAUUCAUAGUACAAUACACUAUGAACACAGGGAAAGACACUGUCCAGCAGAACCGCCCACUUGCUUGGUCCCGCUUCGUCAAGGUUACAAGAUCCCUGUCAGAUGGCCCAGAAGCCGAGAGCAGAUAUGGUACAGUAACAUUCCCAGCACCACCCUGGCUGAAGUCAAAGGGCAUCAAAACUGGGUCAAAGUUACCGGUGAAUAUCUUUCUUUUCCCGGGGGUGGUACUCAGUUCAAGAAUGGAGCUCUUCACUAUAUCGAUCAAAUCCAGAAGUCAUUGCCUGAUAUUGAGUGGGGCAAAAGAACCCGUGUGAUACUAGACGUUGGAUGUGGAGUUGCAAGCUUUGGAGGGUACCUUUUCGAGAGAGAUGUAAUUGCAAUGUCAUUUGCACCAAAAGAUGAACAUGAAGCUCAAGUGCAAUUUGCACUUGAACGGGGUAUUCCCGCCAUUUCAGCUGUUAUGGGUACCCAAAGACUACCCUUCCCCAGUAAGGUAUUUGAUGCCAUUCAUUGUGCACGUUGCAGAGUCCCGUGGCACGUUGAAGGUGGAAAACUUUUGUUGGAGCUUAACCGUCUCUUAAGACCUGGUGGUUAUUUUGUUUGGUCUGCUACCCCCGUUUACCAAAAGUUGGCUGAAGAUGUGGAGAUAUGGGAAGCUAUGUCUAAAUUGACAAAGGCUAUGUGCUGGGAGCUUAUAACAAUUUAUAAGGAUCAGCUGAAUGAAGUAGGUGCAGCAAUAUACAAAAAGCCAACUUCCAAUGAAUGCUAUGAAAACAGACAACAAAAUUUUCCGCCUAUAUGCCAAAGCAACGAUGAUCCAGAUGCAAUCUGGAACGUAGAACUUGAGGCAUGCAUGCAUAAGGUCCCGGUUGACUCAUCAGUACGCGGUUCAAACUGGCCAAAGAAGUGGCCUGAAAGACUGGACUCACCACCAUACUGGUUGAAGAGCACCGAUAACGGAGUUUAUGGAAAACCAGCACCCGAUGACUUCACCGCUGACUAUGAGCACUGGAAACGCGUGGUCUCCAAAUCGUACAUAAAUGGUUUAGGACUUGAUUGGUCUUCUAUCAGAAAUGUCAUGGACAUGAGAUCCAUUUAUGGAGGAUUUGCUGCUGCAUUGAGAGAUCUGAAAGUCUGGGUGAUGAAUGUGGUGCCACUUGAUUCGCCAGAUACGCUUCCAAUUAUAUACGAACGUGGACUGUUUGGGAUAUAUCAUGACUGGUGUGAAUCAUUCAGCACUUACCCAAGAACGUACGAUCUUCUACAUGCUGAUCAUCUUUUCUCGGGUCUUAAGAAAAGGUGUAAGUUAGCAUCAGUGAUUGCAGAAGUUGACAGGAUCUUAAGGCCAGAAGGAAAACUAAUAGUUCGUGAUAACGUUGAGACGAUUGCUGAGAUCGAGAACAUGGCCAAGUCGCUGCAUUGGAAUAUUCGUAUGACUUACAACAAGGAACAAGAAGGUUUGUUGUGUGUUGAGAAGACAUUAUGGCGACCAACGGAGGUAGAAACUUUAGGCUAUACAUUCUAAUAGAAAUCACUGUUUUCAGUUACCACUGUGCUAAUAUCUUCAAACUUGACCAAAAACUAGUUAUUUUUCUUUUUUUUUUUUUAAUUUAAUUGCAAAUUUAAAUUGUGUA